CUGAAAAACAUCUUUUAGUGUUCAGCAUUGACCCUUCAGUGAGACAGUGAGUCAUUUAUUCAGCAAAAUCGUCUCGAUUCUAUAAAUACGGAGAGUAAGAAUACUGAUAUAUAGUAAAAAGUUGCUGUUCGCGGUCAUCGUACAAUAGGAUGGGCGGGAUGAAGUUUCGUUUGAUGCUUCAACUCGUAGCCGUGAGUUGCGUUCUUCUCAACACAGCCAUCAGCCUGGAUGACUUGCACUUUAAAGUAAACGAUCCAGUCCGUUAUCUUCACAGUCGCCAUCCUCUGACGGCUCACAGGGCAACAUCACUCAAAGGAUCCGAUCAUGAGGCUGAGGAGGCCAUCGAUGAAACGCCGCUGGCCAUCGAUGAGGCGCCGCUAGUGACUGCAGGAGUGCUGGGUCCCAUCAGAGGACGGGUUCUGACCACGUUCUUCGACAGGCCCUUCAGCGCCUUCCACAGUAUCAGAUAUGCUGCACAGCCUGCAAGGUUCAGUUACUCGGAGCUUUACGAAGAGCCGCUGACCAGCGAUGGUUCAGACUACGACGCUACAGCCUUCAGGGACCGCUGCCCUCAGAAGUCCCUCGUCGCUCCUGUCAUUGCUGGCAGCGAAGACUGCCUCCACGUCAGCGUUUACUCUCCCCUCAAUAACUUCAGCGACGCAGAGUCUGCAGCUCUGCCGGUGAUGUUCUUUAUCCACGGAGGAGCGUACAUGUCCGGCGACGCGACGCUCUACAUGCCAUCCAAACUCCUCGACAAAGACGUCGUAGUUGCUGUUGUGCAGUACCGACUCGGAACUUUGGGCUUCCUCUACUCGGGCACUGAAGAUGCUCCGGGAAACAUGGGUCUACAUGACCAGAUCGUAGCCCUGCGCUGGGUACAAAAAUUCAUCUCUUAUUUCGGAGGCAACCCCAACCUGGUGACGGUAUUCGGGCAGAGUGCAGGUGGUGCCAGCACAUCCCUCCUGCAACUGAGUCCUUUAUUAGCUGCGGAACAAAAUAACGGGAAGGCUCUGGCUCACCGCUUUGCGCCCAUGAGCGGCUCAGCGCUAGAGUAUUGGACCAUCGAACAUGACCCUUACAAUUCUUUCAGAACGCAGGUAGCAGAAACUGGCUGCUCGACGAAUGCAACGGAAGCUGAAAUGGUUGCCUGCAUGGUGGAGCUACCUUUGGAUGACGUCGUCUGGGCUUCUUUGAGAGUCUACAGUAAGGACCGAAGGAACGGGGGCCUGGGCUUCAUCGGUCAGGUGCCCGUUGUUCAGACCGAAGUCAGCGAUGUUGAUGGACUCGAGAUCGUCAUUCCUGAGCAACCCAUCGACCUGCUAAAGUCCGGGCGUUAUCUACACGUGCCCACCAUGACAGGAUCUGUUAGAGACGAAGGAUCCCUCGUCGCAGGACUGAUGUACGAAGGCUACAUGCUACCUAACAACCACACCACCGACGAUGCGGAGUUCCUCAAGAACGACAUGUUCCCCUUGAUCGCCAUAGCGUUCGGAAUUAAUGACGUCACCAACGCUGCCCCCAACUCCUUCCGGCUGGGCUUCAUGCCCAAAGACGUGCCCCUGGGGGACUGGGACACGAUGGUCGGAGGAAUUGUGGACCUGAGCGGGAUGAUGUUCCUCAAGUCUGGCAUGUGGACAUUGGCCCACGAGAUGAAGAAAGUCAACGAUGAUGAUGGAGUCACCGCAGAAGCGCCCAUUUUCUUCUACUCAUUCGAGUUCGAGUCCAAAAACUCACUGUUCGACUGGAUCUUCAUCAGUGACAAUGAUAUUCCAAUUGAAGGAGGUGUGUGUCACGCUGACGACCUCCUAUACUUGUUUGAUCUGCCGGCGUUGCUGAACACCGAGCGCGAGAAGAACAUGGUCCGAAGGCAUACUACCUUCUUCACGAACUUUGCCAAAUAUGGGAACCCCACCCCUGAAGAAGAAAGCGGUAAUCCUGGUCAGUGGACGGAAUUUACGCCCAAAUGGGAGGCGUUCACCAUUGAUGAAGAGCAGUUCCUUAUGAUCAGCGACAACAUGAGCUUGCUGUACGACUUCGUCACGCGCUGGAACUACAACCAGUACGGCUACAACACGACUAAGGCAGCUGAUCAUCAUGCGUUGGCAUUGGCCAUGGCAGCGAAGUCUCCACAAAAUUCAGCCGCUUCACCAACCAGUGACGGUCAGGGUUACAAGGUGGCGACGGGAGUGAUGAGUGUAGUGGCUGCGUGCUGCGUGUUAGCCUUGCUGGCCACGGUCGCGUGGCAAAGGCGCCGUGAGGCCAAACUUCGCAACUCGCUGCUUGGAGAGCCCACAACGCACGACAACGUGGCGCUCGAACCCCGUAUUUAAACUGAAACCCGCCUGAUUAUUGUAAAAAAAACUCUGGUGGUUAUUUUAUUGAUUACAGAAAUAUUUUAUACUCAGUAAUCAUGCUGCCUUAUAGUAAACUACCGCACACGGCAACGUGACGCUCGAGCCCCGUAUUUAAACCGAAACCCGCCUGAUUAUUGUCCAUAAAAAACUCUGGUGACGUUUCUAUUGAAUACAAAAAUAUAAUAUUCAGAUAAAAGAAAUAUUUUAUAAUCAGUAACCAUGCUGUCUUAUAGUAAACCGCCACACACGCAACGUGGCGCUCGAGUCUCGUAAAACCCGCUUGAUUAUUGUUCAUAAAAACUCUGGUGGCGUUUUUAUUGAAUACAAAAAUAUAAUAUUCAAAUACAAAAAUAUUUUAUAAUCAGUAACCAUGCUGACUUUAGUAAACCACCUCACACGACAACGUGACGCUCGAGCCACGUAUUUAAACCUGAUUAUUGUCCAUAAAAAAUUCUGGUGGUUAUUUUAUUGAUUACAGAAAUAAUUUGUAUAAUUAGUAACCAUGCUGCCUUAUAGUAAACUACCACACACGACAACGUGGCGCUCGAGUCUCGUAUUUAAACUGGGACUCGGUUGAUUGUUGCUCAUUAAAAACUCUAGUGGUUAUUGUAUUGAUUACAGAAAUAUAAUAUCCAAAUUACAGAA